GUGUAAUUUGAGAGAGAGAGGAAGAUUUGACUUCUAUUUCUAGCGGAUAGAGUGUCCACGUAGUUGUCUCAAAUGUUGUACGAAAGAGUGAUAAUGUAAGGGAAGCAAUUCCUGAUUGCCGUUUUAUAAGUUGAGCAACGGUCCAUGGUUCUGUUGAUUUGCGUCUGAUGUCGUGUCGUUGACGACGACGACUUGAGCUGUAAUUAAGUGUUGUGGCUUAUUGAGACAGGAAAUUAUGAGAGCGACAUAAACUUGAGUCGUAUUGUCUUGUGUCUGAGUGGCUCAAAUGAUAUUUUUUUUCCCAAAUGAAGAUGAGUUUACUCCCACAAAACCGCGGUUUUUGCUCAGAUGUUGUCAGCAUCACCCUCCUAACUAACGUUUCGUUCGUUUCUUUCGAAGGCGUCUGAUCCUCCUCUCCAUCCCGUCGGUUCAGGCAGAAAUACUACCAAAUUCACCCGGUUGAAAUGUCCUUUGAAUAGACUGACAGUUGAACUAAUAACAUAAACAUUAAAUAUUUAGCAAUGUUGCUUUUUAAAAUUAGUUAUUUAGGAUUUAUAUGAAACCUGGAAAAAACAAAAAAUCUUGGUUCAAGAGUAAUUUUUGAUCGCCUAAUUAUUGAUCACAUCUCGCAACCAUUAGGAGUCACACCUCUUGGAGUCAAGGGUUCUUGAAAUAUUUUGCUUCCUCGUAAAAUAUUGAAAAUGUCGAAUAAUAAUAACUAUCGAUGCAUAAAUUGUGGUACAAGAGUCAAAGAUUUGUUCCAUAAACUGUCUUCGGGGCUUCUGACAUGUGUUUGUAGCAACUGCAACGAAGUGGUAGAUAAAUACAUUGAACACGAUUCUGUUUUAAUAUUUUUGGAUGCUCUUCUUCUUAAGACACAAGCUUUUCGCCAUAUCUUGCACAAUCGUAGUCGGAAAACAGUGUGGAAAAUAACAUUGACAUUUUUGCUUAUUGAAACACUUGCCAGGGUGAUCAAUUCAUCGAAAGUGAUUUCGAAAUGGAACAAUCCUGAUGCAGAAUUUUAUACAAUUUUGGUAACAGAAUUUUUGUAUAUGUUUGUAGAAGUUGCUUUAGAACAAAUUACUGGGGUUUUGGUUAUUGUCUGUCUUUCUAAGAUGUAUAGUGAUUUAAUGAAAAUACCUCAUCCCGGAAUGAAACCACUUCUAACAGGACUAUUUUUCUCCUACUUUCUUUGUAAUGUAUUUAUUCCACUGGUUAGUUUAUGGGGUGGAAAUUACAGAAGCUGGUGUUGUGCUUUGAUCCAACUAUUUAUUCACUUAUCAAAAAUUCAAGUACUCAGGGUGAUUUGUAAUUAUGGUUACUUUACAGCCACUGUCAUAACAUUGAUGGGCUACGGGAGCCAAUUAUUGCUGUUUUAUUGUAGAACCGGAGAACUAUUCCGUUAUUAUAUACACAACAUUUGGCAAUUGUGCUGUUAUUAUUGAAAAUAUUUACAACCCAUGUCAGAAACUGUCUGUACUAUUUUGUGACACCCUGUUGGUGUUAAGGUUCAACUUGCAGAGUUUUGGUGCAGCCCCUUCUAUACUGCUGAGUGGAAUGUAUUUGAAAGUUUGUCUGACGUGUCUAAUAGAGUUCUGCAAAAAUCAAAAGAAUUAUUUGAAAUAAUUAAUUUACUUCAGGGCGAUUAGUCUCAUCACCUUUUGUUUUUCUACUUUCCAAUAUGGGAGAACAAUUACGGUUUUUGUUUGGAAUUUCUGAGAAUGUGGACAAUGUUGAUUCAUUUUAAAUUGCAAUAACCGUAUUUGGAAUCUUGAUUUCAAUGUUUUUAAACAAGUUAUUUUCAAGUGUUUACUCAUUGACUACAGAAAAAUUUUAUUUUUUAUACAUCUUUUUGCAUUGUUGAAAAUAAUAUUGUUUCAAAGUUUGGCACAAAACCACCUACUGAAUAUGAUAUGAAAUCAAAUAAAAUACAUUUUCUUGCCA